UAAGAGGAAAUUCACCUUCCUCGAGCUGACUGCAGGUUGGAAGGCGCCCCCCGCCGGGACUCUGGGUUCUGGAAAAGAGGGGAACCCCGCGUGGUCCGCCUGCGGACUCGUCCCAGCCCCUUCACCUUGAGCGGGCAGGUCUCCUAAGGAGUCGGCGUCAGGGGCCCGGUUUGCCCUUGUCGCCCUGUGUCUGUGUCCCGGACCGAUGAAGCCACCCGCUGACUCGCCACGAAUGACAGGCUCGAAUGACAGGACGGACCGCGACCAUUUUGCUGACCCCCGUUGUAUCUUGAAUGUGGCUGACAGUCGAGAGAGGGAGCGGCUGCGUCUGGAGUCUUUAGUCCUGGGCUCAUGAAAGGGGCCCAUCCUGAGAAUCUUCAGAACUGAAAGCCAAUUGGAUUUUGCUCUUGGACCCAUCUGCUCUGUACUGGAAUGAUAAUGACUGAAUCUGGGGCAGAAGCAGACCUGAGCCCUGCGGCCAAGAUUUCCUCCGAGCAGGAGGACCUUCUCAUCGUGAAGGUGGAGGAGGAGGACUGCACGUGGAUGCAGGAGUACCCCCCGCCAGCCCUUGAGAUGUUUUACCAGCGCUUCAAGGACUUCCAGUACCAUGAGGCGCCAGGGCCCCGUGAGGCACUGAGCCAGCUGCGUGUGCUCUGCUGUGAAUGGCUGCGGCCUGAGAUCCACACCAAGGAGCAGAUCCUGGAGCUGCUGGUACUUGAGCAGUUCCUGAGCAUUCUGCCUAGAGAGUUUCAGGCCUGGGUAAGAGACCAUCACCCAGAAAGUGGGGAAGAGGCUGUGGCCGUGAUGGAAAGUCUCCAGAGAGAAAUGGAAAAUCGCGGGCCGCAGGUCGUGGCGUGUCCUGAAGCUCUUCCCGAGAGCCUGGUGCCCACUGGAGCUGGGCAGGAGCCCUUUGGUCACCGGCUCCUGCCCGGGGACCCCCAGCCUGAACCUGAGUCACAGAAGCCUCAUCUUCUGGAGGAAAAUGCCCUUCCUGCUCUUCGCAGCCCACCUGUCCCCCCAACGGACCACCCUGAGCUGACAGCCUCUCUCCUCUCCAUGGGGCCACAGAAGUUGGUGAAGAUCGAAGAUGUGGCUGAUGUAGCUGUGUCCUUCAUCCUGGAGGAGUGGGGCCAUUUGGACCAGUCCCAGAAGGCCCUCCCUAAGGGUGACAGGAAGGAGAAUUAUGGGGGUGUGACUCCCCUGGACUGUCGGUCCACCAGCGAUGACCCUGGGAAGCCGGUUUUGGAGCACUCGGACUCCUCUUGGCUGACCUCCAGAAGCCCGGAACGAAAUGGGCCCCAGAGCCAGGAGCUGGGAGAAGUUAUUGGCCUGCAUGGUCUGGUAGAUGCGUGGCAGGGCCACUCGCCUGUAGGGAAGUUGAGGCAGGACUCACCCCAGAAGAGAGACCUUGGGGCCGCCCAGGAUGUGACCCGAAAGCACCCCCCAAAUGGUGAGCGAGGCCACAGGUGCAGUGACUGUGGCAAGUUCUUCCUGCAAGCCUCCAACUUCAUCCAGCACCGGAGGAUCCACACGGGCGAGAAGCCCUUCCAGUGCACCGAGUGUGGCAAGAGCUACAACCAGCGCGUGCACCUGACGCAGCACCAGCGCGUGCACACGGGCGAGAAGCCCUACGCGUGCCAGGUGUGCGGGAAGGCCUUCCGCGUCAGCUCCCACCUGGUGCAGCACCACAGCGUGCACAGCGGCGAGCGGCCCCACGGCUGCAGCCAGUGCGGGAAGCGCUUCGGCCGCCACUCACACCUCAUCGAGCAUCUCAAGCGCCACUUCCGAGAGAAGUCCCAGAAGUGCAAUGACCAAAGAAGUAAGAACCCAAAGUUGACUAUGAAGAAGAAACUUCCCGAAGCAGACACUGAACUGUCAGAAAGAAUCCAGAGAAAUGUUUCUCCAGGCCAGGAGCUUGGAGAAGGUCCUAACCACCAAGGUAAGCUGGACUGCAAGCAGGGGACGCCCACGGAGGAGAGUUUGGCACAGCCCCCUUCCAAGAGGGUCAGCUUCCGAGAGGUCGCCUAUGCCCACAAAAAGUCCUCAGCAGGCGAGAGACCGCACAAGUGUAGUGAGUGCGGGAAGAGCUUUAUCCAGAGCGCACAUCUGGUGCAGCACCAGCGCAUCCACACAGGUGAGAAGCCUUUCCGGUGUGAGCAGUGCGGCAAGAGCUACAACCAGCGGGUGCACCUUACCCAGCACCAGCGCGUGCACACGGGCGAGAAGCCCUACUCGUGCCCCGUAUGCGGGAAGGCCUUCAGGGUGAGGUCGCACCUGGUGCAGCACCAGAGUGUGCACAGCGGCGAUCGGCCCUUCAAGUGCAGCGAGUGUGGCAAGGGCUUCGGGCGACGCUCGCACCUGGCUGGGCAUCUCCGGCUGCACUCGAGGGAGAAGGCCCACCAGUGCCCCCAGUGUGGCGAGAUCUUCUUCCAGUAUGUCAGCCUGCUGGAGCACCAGGUGCUGCACACGGGCCCAGAGCGGCACAGCCUGGGGGACAGAGCCUAUGGCUGGAACCUUACAGUAGUGGAGGACAAGAAGGUGGAGCUUCCGCUGCAGCCAUCCACGGCUGACGAUCCCAAACUCCUCCCGCACUACCAGCCUCACAGCCCCAAGACAGCCUCUUCUGGUGAUCUCUGUGCUGAGGGCGUGGGCGAGUGUGCCCACAUGAAACUAUCCCCCAAAACCUAUUCCAGUGACAAAUCCCACAACUGUAAUGAAUGUAGCCGGGACUUCGCCUUGAAGUCACACCUUCAUCAACACCAGCAAGUCCACACUGGGGAGAAGCCGUUUCAAUGCAAGGAGUGCGGCCUGAGCUUCAGUUGGAGCUGUAGCCUCUUCAGACACCUGCGCAGCCAUGAGCGGACAGAGCCCUUCAAUCCCUGAGAGCAGUCUUCCCACAGGUACCCCUGCUCUGGCCUGGCUGGGUGCUGGCCCAUGGUGACAUGAAAAUCCUUUUGUUGGGUUCAGCCUUUAGGAACAACACUGCUGUCAUCUAGCCACUGUCCUGUUAAGAAGCACGUUGCCAGUCUCUCUGCGCUUAGUAUACUGAGAGCAGUGGAUGUGAAGAUGUGGCUGUGGAUGUAGGAUGUGGUGGGGAGAAUUGGAGGGUUUGUGGCUGGUGGGCACCUCAGAACGUUGAUGUGGGGCAGGACUUACAAACACAGUAGGAAUCAGCUUGUUUUGUAGUUUCUGCCUUGUGAGGUGGAUGGCUCAUGUGUUCAGGGAGGAGCAUCGGAGGAGAACGAGCUCUUCAGUCUGAGAGCUGUUUGGUACCUGAGUAACAAGCACUUUCUAGAAUCAACUGUCCCAGCCUCUAGAAUGCUCUGGUCUUGGUGCCCAUCUUGAGUAUUAAAUCCUUUGAAAAGAA